GAAGGCCGCUUUCGGUACGAGACGUAUAUCAUAUCCCGUACUCUAAAGUCGACUUCAUUCGGUGCAGUGUCGUCCUGCGUGGUGAUUAGUAAACACGUUGACUUCAUUGUAACAAAUCAUGUUUAAAGUUAUAAGAGAUAGCUCUGUUAGGUUGAAAGCAGCGAAUUUUUUGAAAAAUUUUAAGAAGAGAACGUUUGCAUCGCAACAGGAAGUAGUAUCUUCAGCCGAUGUUGUUGUUGUCGGUGGAGGUAUAUCUGGGUCUAACACUUUAUACCAACUGUCAAAAAGAGGAGUGAAAACAGUGUUACUCGAAAGGGGUAAAAUAACCUGUGGAACAACAUGGCACACGGCCGGGUUAGUAUGGUCGCUCCGACCAGACGACCUAGAGGUGGAGUUAUUACGCGACUCCCGCGCCGUGUACAAGGACCUGGAGAAAGAAGACGAGAACUACGCCGGCUGGAUCAAUAAUGGUGGAAUCUUCAUAUCUAGGAGCAGGGCUCGAACAGAAGAGUACCUUCGCCUGCAUUCACUGGGUAUCGCCAUGGGGAUCCCAAGCACAGUUUUGGACCCUCCAGAAGCCCAGAAGUUGCUUCCGAUCCUCGACCCCUCGGUAUUCCAAAUGGCGCUGUAUUCUCCUGAAGACGGCACUAUUGACCCUGCAAUGGCCUGCAAUGCCUUGUUGAAAGUGGCUAAGAGCAAUGGAGCUAUAGUGUACGAGGACUGUCCAGCAUUAGAUAUUCUCUAUUCUCACAACUUGCUAGGCAACAAAGAGGUCACUGGAGUUCACACUGACAAGGGUUUUAUCAAAACGAAAUGCGUUAUUAACGCUGGAGGUGCUUGGGGCCCGAGGAUCGCACGAUUUGCCGGCGUUCCAUCCCUACCUCUGAUACCUUUCAAACAUGCGUACGUUGUGUGCGACGCCAUACCCGAGAUCCGCGGCUGCCCCAACCUGAGGGACCACGACGUCAACCUGUACCUGAAGUUCCAAGGAGAAACCUGCAGCAUCGGCGGAUAUGAGAAUAAUCCAAUUAUGUUGGAUCAGGUCCCGGAUAACCAGCAAUUCCACUUGUACGAACUCGACUGGGACAUAUUCGGAGUGCACAUGACGAGCGCCACCACAUUGUGCCCCAAGCUGGGCACAGUGGGCAUCAAAAGCACCGUAUGCGGCCCAGAGUCGUUCACGCCGGACCACAAACCUCUACUAGGGGAGGAUCCUAAUGUAUUUGGUUUAUACCACAACUGCGGCUACAACUCUGCGGGUAUGAUGCUGUCAGCCGGUUGCGCUAUUCAGAUGGCCGAGUGGGUUAUUACUGGAAGGCCAAGUCGCAACAUGUUCAACUACGACAUCCGGCGUUUCACUCCGGCGCAACUGUCGCGCGGCCACUGGAUGCGCGAGCGCAGCCACGAGGCGUACGCUAAGAACUACUCUAUCGUGUUCCCCAAUGACGAACCUUUGGCGGGAAGAGACGCCAGUCAUGACGCUCUUCAUCAGGAGUUGGUGGAAGAUGGCGCCGUGAUGCAGAGCAGGGCCGGGUGGGAAAGGCCAGCAUUCUUCAUGCCCGGGGAGAAGAUCCGAGUACCUCAGUACGACUGGUACGGCACGCACGACUACCCAAGGAACACCAAUGAUCGUUACGAAGAAGUGCUGAAAGGAGAAUACACUUUCGGCUUCUCCAAGCAUCACAAACUGAUAGGACAAGAAGCGUUGGCGUGUCGUAACGCGGCGGCGAUGUUCAACAUGUCUUACUUCGGCAAGUUCUACCUGACGGGGCCCGACGCACAGCGCACCGCCGAGUUAGCUUUCACCGCCGAUUUGGCUAGACAGGACAAUAGGUUGGUAUACUCACUCAUGCUGAACGAGAAAGGCAAAGUAGAAGCGGAUUUAACAGUCAGCAUUCUCGACGGCGGCAGCGGACAACUCCACGAGCCUAUUUUCAAGGGUCGCGGUUACUACUUGGUAACAUCGGGUUUCAACGCUCACCAUAUUCUGGCUCACCUGCGACGUAUCGUUCAGAUUUAUAAACUGCGCGCCAACAUCACAGAUGUCUCUAAACAGCUCUGCAUUCUUAGUGUACAAGGACCAUACAGCCGGCGCAUCCUCCAGCGCUACACCGACGCCGGCCUCUCCAACGAGGCGUUCCCCGUGAGCACGCACCGCAGCGUGCGGCUGUGCGCGACGCACGCGGCGCACGCGGCGCGCGGUGUCACGUGCCGCGCGCUGCGCGUGGGCUGGAGCGGCGAGCUCGGCUGGGAGCUGCACGUGCCCUCUGCGCACGCGCCGCGUCUGUACCGCGCACUGGCACACGCCAAAGAUCUCAGGAAUGCUGGCUGGAGGGCGCUCUCGUCGCUUAGUGCCGAGAAGGGUUAUCAUUUAUGGAAUGCUGACGUUAGGAGUGACGAUAACCCCAUAGAAGCUAAUUUAGGAUUCACAUGCCGUAAAGAGGGCGAUUAUAUAGGAAAUGAUAAAGUUACAAAAGCACGAGAAAAUGGAGUUACCAAAAAAUAUGCUUUCUUCACAUUGGACGAUCAGGUCGCAUUAUUUGGUCAAGAAGCAGUUUACAGAAACGGUGAGGCAGUUGGAUUCCUUAGAAGAGGCGACUACGGUUAUUAUCUCAACAAACCUAUUGGAAUUGGUUACAUUAAAAACAAAGGUUCAAUAGUUACCAAAGAAUACUUGACAAGUGGAGAUUAUGAGAUAGAUGUCAGAGGAAAGAGGUACUCGGCUAGGUUACACCUUAAAUCACCUUUUGACCCCAGCGGUCAGCGCAUCCUUGGAAACUAUGGCGAACUUCUAACGGACGAAAACACUCAUGAACCUCACGCGGGACAAAAUGAAAGGGCUGGCGGAAGUGAAUAGAUAUGUGUUGUUAUUAAGAUAUAAAUGAUAUUUUUUAUAUUAACAGUACUACAAGAUUUUAAAUUGUAAGUAAUUUAAUGUAUAAGUAUUUUUUACAUCAUUAAAUAUUUUAGAUUUU